AAUGAAUGCUGCUGUUUUCUUCUGAACACAAAACAGUCUCUUGGAUAAUGUCACACAUCGGCGAUAACGAGCUAGAACAACUGGAAUACCUCUCGUUGGUAUCCAAAGUGUGCACAGAACUCGACAACCAUUUGGGGAUAAGUGAUAAAGAUCUAGCUGAGUUUGUCAUCAGCCUUGCUGAAAAGCAACCAACGUUUGAUGGCUUCAAAUCACUUCUGCUGAAAAAUGGAGCAGAAUUCACAGAUUCACUCGUCGGCAAUUUGCUCAGACUUAUUCAAACGAUGCGGCCUCCACCAAAGGCGUCUACAAGCAAAGCCUUUGAACCUGUGGUCAAGCAGAAGAGUGACAAGGACAAACUGAAGGAAUUGUUUCCUGCAUUGUGCAGGCCAGACGAUCCUGCUCCCAAGGCCAUAUUGGAUGAAGACGAUGUGAAGAUCGCCGACGCUGCCAUGAAGGAGUUGGAGAUGUUCAUGCCCAGUGUGAGCAGAUCAGACUCAAAGUCUCCGACCCCACACGCCUCAGCAAACAGAAGAAGCAGCAGCGCCUCGAGCCCCUCUAUAACCGCUACGAGGAGCCCAACGCAUGGAGAAUCUCCCGCGCCUUCCGUCGGCGCUAGAAUGUCUAUCCUGCAUCUCCACACAAAGGAAGAGAUGGACACAGUCCUGUAUCAGUUGGUAGAGAAAUACUGUGGAGAGACAUUAUGCCUGUGCCAACAGGCCUCGCUAACUCUUAUUGGUCAAGCUGGGUCAUUGUCUACUUGUUUUAGACAUGUGUAAAUUAUGUGUUUUAUGUCUGCUCAGCUGAUUUUAUUCAACCACUAUCAUUUUGAUCUGAGGUAUUGGUAGGCCUAAUUCUCUCUCUUGAUCUGUAUAGAAGACGACUAGCAAAGUGAGACGAUUAAGGGGUCAGAUCAUUGCUUCCCUGUCCUUUUAAGGCUUAUUUUUGUAAUAUGAAUCAAUUUCUCAUGCCCUGAGGAGAAUCAAUCUUCUAUCUGCACAUCAAGGACAACGAAACCGUUUUACUUGAUUGACACAUCUGACCUGUGGUGAAAACUUCAGAAAAUGACAAAUUGAAUAGGAAGGGGACUGGGUAGUAAUUUGAAAAGUGAGUGAAUGUCUUUGUCUCAGAGCACUGUGCUCCUAAAACAUAAUUUAUAUUUUAUAGUAGGCUCUCUUAUAAAACGAAGGGAAAUAGAUGGAACUAUGUACUCGGGCAUUGUCUUUGUUUAGCUUUGACUGAUUGUUUCACUGUGCUAAUGUACUCCUUACACUUUCUGCCCUCAUUAAAUAUUGUAUUGCUCUC